UUCGCUCGGAAAAAGAACAUAUCGAGGUGAAUAACCGGUCAGGUUGCCCAUCUCUAGAAUUUAAUAUUUUAUAAAUUUCGAGUGUAUAAAAAAAUAUGGGCACUAAUGCAGAAAUAUUGGAGGGUAAUUGGGAGAAGGAUUUUGUAUUAAGUUUAGAUAACGCAACUGCAACAUCAGCCCAAGGAAUAGUAAACAACAGCCAUGAUUCAAUUAUGCCUCAUUCAUCUCAAUUUCAGUCUUUGGCAAUAAAAUUUGCUCAUGAGAAUAAUCUAAAAGCACGUAGAAAACUUUUGGAAAUAUAUAGAAAUCAUUUAAUGAAUUUCAAACGCUCCAUCCUGAUUAACCGUCGACGUUGGCAGCAAAGAUUACAACGCCGGCAAGCAUUACUGCGAUCAUUUUUCAUGCAGCACAUCUUGGAAUUAGAGACUAGUUUUUUAGAGCUUAUUCCUAUUCCGAAACUAGGUAGUAUUCAAUUAAGAAAGGAAUUGCCUAAAGCUCUUUUAUUAACUGAAGAGCCUGUCGCGCCCGUCUAUAUGCGUAAAUUUUACGAAGAUGUUAUGGGAAUCAAAAGUGAGGAUGACUGGAUAUCAAAUUUUCGUAUGCGAAAAUCAUCGUUCGAAUGGAUAUGUGAUCAAUUAAAAGAAGUCAUGCAGCCUUCGGGGCAAACUUCGCCUUUCCACAAGCUUGCAUCUCAUGAACAACAAAUCGCGAUGGGCUUGUACGCUUUUGCAACUGGUAAUAAUUACGGUGAAAUAGCACGUAUGUUUCAGAUCACAAGCCGCCAAACCAUCUACAAAUUCAUGAAAUUGUUUGCCGAAGCUAUUUUAAAAAAAUGGGGUAAACAAUUUUUAACCAUGCCAAGCACUGAAGAAGAAUAUGAUGCAAUCGGCAAUGCGUUUUAUAAUGCCUCCAAUAUGCCACCAGUGGUCAUAGGAGUGUUGGGUAUAUGCGAAUUGACGACCAAAUCCGUGAAACUAAACAGCAAUUCAAACGAGUCAGCAAACUCCACAAUUAUAAUGCAGAUGCUGAUCGAUAAUAAAUUAUGUUUUCGUAAAGUAAAAUUUGAUUCAAAUCAGCCAAGUCUAUUCCUAGAAGAAACAAACGAGAUUUCAAAUCUUCCGCCAAAGUUAAUUAGUGAAAAAAGGGUUUCACGUUUUGUUGUGACGCCAGAUACUUACUAUCCACUCCGGAAAUGGCUCAUGCAUAAGUACCAAGAACCGGCAGUGCCACACGAAUUUGACUUCAAUGAAGCAGUGGACAACUUGUUUGUUUUCAGAGAUAAGGCUUUGCAACGAUUAUUUGCCCGGUGGCGCAUUUUAAAAUGGAACUAUGACCUUAAUUCUCGCACAAUUGACAAAAUUGCUCUAGCCUGUUGUGUACUACAUAAUGUCCUAGAAGAGAACGAAGAACCAUUUGAAAAAGAAUGGGCGAAAUGGAUGAAUCUAGAAAGCACCAAAUUUACAAUGAGCACUCGCUUUAAGCCAGUGUUAAAUGUACUCCAAGGAAGAGCCUACUCAUGGGAGGCAGAUGGCGCUGCUGAAGUACGCGAAUUCCUAGGUCGCACCAUAAGCUCAACAGAAAUGUAGUAUUUACCAAUUGACUGAAGUUAAUUUUAAUCAUCAAAUGGGCAACAUUCGACCAAGUAUGGGUGUGUUUAGAAGUGCAUCAAUCAAAGCA